AUGUCAUCCGCAGAAGACGAGUACAAUGAACACGACAAUGCCCUAACCUUGCCCGGCUCUAAAAAACGACGAGUACAAAGGGCGUGUGAUAUAUGUAGACGCAAGAAGAGUGAUGGAAGCCAGAUGCCAGGGAACCGAUGUUCCAAUUGCAUUGCGUAUAAUUUUGAAUGUACGUACAUAGAGGCUGCAAAGGUGCGCUCUCCCCCUCGAUAUGUCGAGAGCCUGGAGAAUCGUUUAGAGAAGAUGGAGAAGCUUCUGCAAAAGGUCUGCCCUGACGCCGACUUCUCUCAGGAGCUCGGAGGCGGUCCCUUGGACAGGGAAGCCUGGCAAAAAGGCAACAUGAAUGGCUCAACCAGCCAUGUCAUGAGUCCCUAUGCUACCACUCCUCUCGAAGAUCUCGUAUCCAGCGAUGACGACGAGAUAGUUUCCGUCCGCCUCGCUGAUCACAUGCAGAACAUGUCUAUCAAUCCGAACUUAUCCCGUUUCUUUGGAAAAUCCAGCGGUGUGAUGCUAGUGCAAAAAGCUAUCGACCUUAAAAAGGAGCAACACAAAGGCCGCCCUGAGUUUCGUGGAACCUUCCCUUGGGAGCUGGCCGCGAAGGAUGAUGCUGAGCCAACCUAUAGCUUCCCUGAGGAAGAUCUUGCUGCCUCCCUUGUCGAUCUCUAUUUUGCUCACUAUAAUGUUCUAACUCCACUGUUGCACCGACCAACCUUUGAGUGCAAGGUGGCGCAGGGGCUCCACCGCCGAAACGCGUCAUUUGGGGCGGUAUAUUUAUUGGUCCUAGCCGUAGCCUCGCGCUUCUCUGAAGAUCGCCGCGUCUGUUUGGAAGGUCAGAGCGAACAUUCGUCGGGAUGGAAGUUUUUCGAACAGGUACAGAUGGUUAUGAAGACCUUGCUUGGGCCACCACGUCUGGAGGACCUUCAAGUGCAUUGUCUAUCUGUGAUUUACUUGAUGGGGACUUCGGCCCCACAGGCAUGCUGGACCAUCGUUGGAGUCGGUAUCCGUCUUGCGCAGGAUGUUGGUGCACAUCGCCGCAAGGCUUACAGCCAUAAGCCCAGUGUCGAAGAAGAGCUUUGGAAACGUGCAUUCUGGGUUCUCGUCAGCUUAGACCGAUUGGUGAGCUCAUCGUUGGGAAGACCAUGUGCGAUACAGGAUGAAGACUUCGAUCUCGAAAUGCCUCUCGAGUGUGAUGACGAAUACUGGGAGCACCCGGACCCGGACCAAAUGUUCAAGCAACCUCCUGGCAAACCUUCUCUAAUAUCGCACUUUAUCAAUUUCCUGAAGCUUAACCACAUACUCGCAUUUGCCCUUCGCACUAUUUAUUCGAUCAACAAGCUGAAAGUACUGCUUGGCUUCGUUGGGCAACAAUGGGAGCAACAAACAGUUGCAGAGCUUGAUUCUGCGCUUAAUAAAUGGAUCGACGCUCUGCCUGACCACCUCAGAUGGGAUCCAAAUAUGGAGAUUAAUGACUUUUUCCUGCAGUCAUAUUCCCUCUAUUCAAGUUACUAUCAUGUCCAGAUUCUCAUCCACCGCCCAUUCAUUCCGUCACCUCGAAAACCAUCUCCCUUAUCUUUCCCUUCCUUGGCGAUCUGUACAAAUGCUGCUCGAUCUUGCAGUCACGUCAUGGAUGUAUAUCGAUGUCGGUCUGGCAAGCCGGUGCCUUAUUCCCAGAUGGCUGCGUUCACGGCAGGCAUUGUCUUGCUUUUGAAUAUCUGGGGUGGAAAACGCUCUGGACUGUACACUGAUCCUACGAAAGAGAUGGCAGAUGUGCAUAAGUGCAUGUCUAUACUGAAGUCAUGCGAAAAACGCUGGCACACUGCUGGUCGUCUGUGGGAUAUCCUGUAUGAACUGGCAUCCGUCGGUGACCUUCCGCUGCCCCAGCCUAGUCCCUCUGGUGGAACAAAGCGUGAACGUGAUUCAGGUAGUCCAAUGUCUGCUCCGUCUACGACUUCACCAUCAGAGGUACCCCCAACUGAUCUUGGGCGCCUACCGCUCCACGGACAACUGAACUUCCCUAACACUGAUAUGUGGUAUUCUCACGGGGGUGGGAAUCCGACUUCUAUGCAAAACGCCGCUGUUCCUGCAGCGUACAGCGUGGAUGAUAUGUUCUAUGAGCAGAUGACCCAGUAUCCGGCGCAAUAUCAAUCAGGGACCUCCACUUCUUCGCCUUAUGGUGACGACCCUCAGGGGUUGCAGAGUCUGAUGGGCUGUUUUGACACGGACACGAUUGCCAUGUGGUCCAACGCUCCCACUGGUUUUGAGCUUAAUGACUGGGGAACAUACCUCACAAAUGUAUCUGGGAUGGUAAAUCCCGACGGUUCAGCCUCACACUCGAGGCAUGGACACUAA